GGCGACUCUGUGGGGAGGCCUCCUUCGGCUUGGCUCCUUGCUCAGCCUGUCCUGCCUGGCGCUGUCCGUGCUGCUGCUGGUGCAGAUGUCAGACGCCGCCAAGACACAGAAACAGCAGCAAGUCUCCUGAGUUUCAAAACAUUGCUGGCACCCUCUGCAUAUCUCUUGUCAUCACUUUAGAAUUCCGGGGAUGUUCGGUGUAAAUGUAUUUGUCCUCCCUAUAAAGAUAUUCCUGGGCAUAUUUAUAAUAGGAACAUAUCCCAAAAAGAUUGACUCUUAAAUCUUACCAAGUUGCUGAUCUCAAGAGAGGAAAUCGUUUCACUUCCCUUAUUAUUUGUUUCUUAUAUUCUUUCCUUGGCGAUUGCCUUCAUGUUGUGGAGCUCAUGUCUGUGCGGGAGCCUGACACAGAAGCAUACUGUCUGCGCUGUGAAUGCAAAUAUGAGGAAAGAAGCUCUGUGACGAUCAAGGUUACCAUUAUAAUUUAUCUAUCCAUUUUGGGCCUUCUACUUCUGUACAUGGUGUACCUUACUCUGGUUGAGCCCAUACUGAAGAGACGCCUAUUUGGACACUCACAGUUAAUACAGAGUGAUGACGAUGUUGGGGAUCACCAGCCUUUUGCAAAUGCCCAUGAUGUGCUGGCCCGCUCCCGCAGUCGAGCCAAUGUGCUGAAUAAGGUAGAGUAUGCCCAGCAGCGCUGGAAGCUUCAAGUUCAAGAGCAGCGAAAAUCCGUCUUUGACCGUCAUGUUGUCCUCAGCUAAUUGAGAAUCAAAUUCAAGGUAACUAGAAAGCAACAAGGCAGACAACUGGAAACAACUGACUGAGUUUUCCUGGGUUUUGUUUUACUACCCUGUUGAUUUCACCAACUCUUGCUGGAAAAUUCAAAACCUGAAAGAAAAACGUGCUUGGUAUUUUUUUUUCUUGUUAACAUAUUAAAAGAGACAUUUUUUAAAGCACACACCAAGUUAGACAAAAAACCUUUUCCUAUUUGUGACUUUUACAAAUAAAAAUACAUCUGCCUAUAAAUUACCUUGAAGUCCUUCGCCGGGAAUAAGCAUUCUCUUUGUCACCACACAGUUUUAACUUGGUUUUCAAGAUAUUUUUCAGGUUUUUGUUUUUUUUUGCAGGGGAGGGAAGGGAUGCCUGGGAACUGCUUAACAUAACUUUUCUCAAGUCACUUUACUGAAAAAACUUUUGUAAAUAGACGUUACCUUGUAUUUUCAAGUUUCACUUACGUUUUGCAGUGUGGCCAGCUUCAUCAAAGCCCUGAUUCAUCCCUUUUGAAUUUUUCACUGAUUGUAUUAUCUGGUCAGUGUAUGGCAGCACGUCAUGGUAAACGAGAUCUGAAAUGCCUGGUGGCUCUUCACAAGGUGCAGAUUUUCUUUAAGUCCUGUGAUGUCUGAUGUGGUGCAUCCUAGAACAGACUGGCCACAUGCUCGUUUACUCUAAUGACUAGACAGAGUCUUGGCAUGUGUGGUCUUUCUCAUCCCCUAACAUCUUUAAGGAUGAAUCCUAAGGACUUGGAUAUUUGCAAUAAAGAAAUUUUCUUUUAAACCAAGCCUUGCUGGAUUGAUGACAUAUACAUAUUUGUCAGCAUUUCUGGUCAGGUUGAGAGGCAGCUGUUUGAACUGUGGUAUGUGCACUUUGAAUGAGUACUGGAGUUCUAUGUGCCUCCCUCUGAAAGGUAUAACAGUCAUUGGAUAACGCUUUUUUCUUCCUAUGUCCUCUUUGGAAUGGAACAAUAAAAAUAAUUUUGAAACACCUAA